AGGGACAAUCGAGAGCAUCCUCCGCAACAGCAUCAAACAAAGCAGAUGAAAUUUUAACAGUAAAUACAUUGUAUAAUCGUUUGUCAUUUUUACUUUUGGUAGGUGUGGAUGAAAUUCAGUAUCAGAUUUCGUGCUUUUUGUUGUUUUUUUUUUGCACUUGAUAUAUUUUAUACAAAUUGAUACAGGGCCUCCCAAAAUCCAAAUGUUUAUAGUGCCCCAUGGAGGCGUUGGGCGGCUCUGUUUGUGCGAGUGAAUGGGAGGGGCGGCCAAGGCAUCCUUUUGCUUUAAGAAGCACGCACACUUGCAGCAGUUUCACACAGCGACGCAAACGCGAAACAGCUUCCAGCCCGACACACUGCAGCACCUCUUUGACCGCUGCCGCACCGCAGCUGACGGUCGGCGGAUUCGCACCCACCUCCCCUCCCCGUCUUCGCCACAAGCCGCGUCCACGAGCGGUAUGGGGGCGGCCAGGGCCCACCACUAGCGAGUCACCGGUUCAACCUCGAGGCAGAGAGAGGGCCAGCGACCGCACGUCCAGCAAGAUGGUGUCGUGGAUGAUUUCGAGGAUGGUUGUCUUGGCCUUUGGGACCCUCUAUCCAGCGUAUGCAUCAUACAAGGCUGUCAAAACGAAGAAUGUGAAGGAAUAUGUGAAGUGGAUGAUGUACUGGAUAGUAUUUGCCUUGUUCUCUACUGCAGAGACGGCCACAGACUUGUUCCUAUCCUGGUUUCCUUUUUAUUUUGAGUUGAAGAUCGCCUUUGUGAUCUGGCUCUUGUCCCCAUACACCAAGGGCUCCAGUGUUCUGUAUCGCAAAUUUGUCCACCCAACCUUGUCCAACAAGGAGAAGGAGAUUGAUGAUUAUAUUGCACAGGCCAAAGACAGGAGUUAUGAAACCAUGAUGAGAUUUGGAAAGAGGGGUCUGAACUUGGCUGCUAAUGCUGCCGUCACUGCAGCCACCAAGGGACAGGGUGUGUUGUCAGACAAGUUACGCAGUUUUAGCAUGCAGGACCUGACACUCAUAAACGCCGACGAUGAGCUGUCUCUGCACUCUUCAGACGGUCGCAUGAGACGAGACUCUGUAGACGACAUGAGCUCAGGGGCCAGCACGCUUCCCCGGGCCAAGAGCGCCGCUACACGACAGACUCGGUCUAUGGCUCACAUGUCCCUUGCAGAUGAUAUCUCAUCCCAACACAGCUCAGACCUAUCAGAUGCAAAAACUGAACACUCUGAUGAGGAUCCAGGGGAAAAGGCCCCAAAGCGGACCACUACCGCAAAGACAACCAAGAAACCUGCAGUAAAGACGGAGGCACAAUGCAAGAUGGUGAAGAAGGCACCAAAGAAAAAGACCAUAUCCAGUGCAGAGACACCCCCAUGAGGCCCUCUAUGUCUGCAGGCAUACACUCUCCACCCACAGCCUCGCAGCAACCCCACCUACGUCUGGUCUCCACAUGAACACAAACAUGAAGCACCAAAUGCUGUCUGAAUUUAGUUUUUGAUAUUUCCCCACUCUGUGGGUCUCUUAAUUUGUGUCUCUGUGUCGUGAGCAUUCCCAAGGGUUCUUAUAACCUUUUUAUUUAAAAGUUAUAUUCGUGUUCCUUUCUCAUUUUAGAUGUGACUGUAUUAGAUGGGAAAAUAACCUGACCAGUAUGAAGACUGACAUGCAUUAGGCAAGUAGCACAAAUUAUGAUUCCUACGACUCCUUAUUUUUUAAAUUGGCCCUGCCACCCAAGAGAUUGUCUGCUUUAAAGUUAAUCUGGCUCAGCAAUGGCUUCCUUCCUCUCCAACUCUCUAAUUGUCCACUGAAGCAGCAAAUGUUGGUUGGCUUCAUUUCUGAGUUCUGAAGUGGGAUGAGGUUUUGAUCAUUUGUCUGCUGGACUUGAUUUUAUGUAGUUAUUCCAACUUUUGUAUGGUUGAAAGUCUGGAAAAAGGCAGCACGAUAAUUCCUGUGUUGAGUUUGCAUGCUCUCCCAGUCCUUGUGUGGAUUUUCUCCAGGGACUUUGGCUUCCGCCUACAUUUCCAAAACAAGCCUGUUGGGUCUCUUGAAGACUAAAUUGCCCGUUGGUCAUAAUGUGACUGAGAAUAGUUUGUUUUUCUUUAUGCGGCCUGCAAUUGGCUGGCAAAGAGUUGAGCAAUCACCCCACCUCUCACCCAAAUUUUGCUGGGACAGGCUCCAGCUCAUGCAUGUCUCCAAGAAGGACUUGCACUCUAGAAAAUAGCUAGGGAGAGGGGUGCUAUUUCUACACAUUUCCAUUCAUAUCACUUCUAUUGCUCAGGUGUGACUGCUGUAUUAAUUUAUUUGGCUCUUUAACAGCAGUUAAGUCUUCUCAUCCCCUUUUUGUUUACUAUCCAAAGAGAGUUUUGGGGCUUGGCUGGGGUAUUUCUGGUUCCCAGGGCUCCACAGGUGUUCCACCAGGCCACCACUCUAUUGGGUUCAGUUUUCUUUCGCUGUUGCUGCUGCUCUAAUGGGAUUUUAAGCAUGAUGCUAAAAGUGUGAAGCAAGGUAAAAGCAGUAGAGGGAGACAAAGUCCCCCUCUACUGCUGUUGAUGUAAAUAGAAAAAAAAACGACUGUAAAUAUAUUGCGAGUUGGCUUGCCUUAUUCUCUGGGCUUUAAGCUGUUGUCUUAUCCAGCAUUUUCAGGUCAAUAUCUUGAUCAAGUACAGUUUUAAAAGUGGAGGGUCAUUUAUUUUCCAAUGAAGUUGUUUAUGAGUGUUUUUAACUUUGUGUUCAAAGACUUAAUCCUCUAUUACACGGCAACCUUUACACUUUGCUUUCCUUUAGAACCUGAUUGACUGGAAGAUCUGCUACUGGAAUACUUAAACAAAAAGUUUUAAAUUUUUGUUUACAUUCAAUUUAUAGUAGUAUUGUACACUGAUUAUAUGUAUAGUUGUGCAAAUUCUUAAAACUCCAUCGCAAUCACAAAUGUGUGUGUGUUGGAAUGGUAUCUUCAUGUAUCAGUAUUAAAACUGCUAAUAAAGGAGAAUGGAUUGAC